CAUACUCCAGUCUCCUCUUAUACUGCCUAAGCGUUUGGAUCCAUCACACAUUUGAAUUAAGCUUCGGCUAUGGCUUCUCCUGUUCUCCUUCUUCUUUUUGUUGUCCCUCUGCUGCUAUCAUCUGUCGUCCACUCUUUCUAUCUCCCUGGGGUUGCACCUCGCGAUUUCCAAACGGGAGAUCCUCUCCAUGUCAAGGUUAACAAGCUCUCCUCCACCAAGACACAGCUUCCGUAUCAUUACUAUUUUCUCAACUACUGUAAGCCUCCAAAAAUUAUCAACAGCGCUGAAAAUCUUGGAGAAGUUCUUCGAGGCGAUCGCAUUGAGAAUUCUGUCUACUUUUUUAAAAUGAGAAUGGAACUGUUCUGCCAAGUCGCCUGUCGGGUAACGCUAGAUGCCGAAUCUGCCGGGAGUUUCAAGGAGAAGAUUGAUGAUCAGUAUCGUGUUAACAUGAUUCUGGACAACCUUCCCGUUGCGGUUCUUAGCCAAUCACAACUUUAUGAGCAUGGGUUUCCAGUUGGGUUCAAAAGCAGAGAGGAUAAAUAUUUUAUCAAUAACCAUCUGAGCUUCAAAGUCAAGUAUCAUGUGGAUCCUGUCACUGAUUCUGCUCGCAUUGUUGGUUUUGAAGUCAAUCCAAUCAGUAUUAACCAUGAGUACAAGAAUUGGGAUGAGAACAACACUCGGUUGACAACAUGCAAUUCCCAAAUUCAGGAUAAUGCUGUUACAGAACAGAUAGCUAUUGGUGAAGAGAUUGUGUUUACAUAUGAUGUCUCCUUUGAGUCCAGCGAAAUCAAAUGGGCUUCGCGCUGGGACACGUACCUUCUUAUGAACGACAGUCAGAUUCAUUGGUUCUCCAUUAUUAACUCUUUAAUUAUUGUUCUGUUUCUUUCGGGCAUGGUUGCCAUGAUUAUGAUGAGAACACUCUACAAGGACAUUACAAGCUACAAUCAGCUGGAUACCCAAGAUGAGGCCUUGGAAGAAACAGGCUGGAAAUUAGUUCAUGGGGAUGUUUUCCGUCCGCCUCCUAAUUCCAGUUUAUUGUGUGUGUAUGCUGGGACAGGCAUCCAAGUUUUGGGAAUGACUCUUGUCGCAAUGAUUUUUGCAUUGUUGGGUUUCCUCUCACCGGCCAACCGUGGUGGCCUGAUGACAGCCAUGGUCCUUUUAUGGGUUUUCAUGGGCUUAUUUGCAGGAUACUCGUCAGCUCGUUUGUACAAGAUGUUCAAAGGCACACAGUGGAAGAGGGUCACCUUGAAAACAGCCUUCACAUUCCCUGCUAUACUUUUUACCAUUUACUUUGUACUGAAUGCACUAAUUUGGGGUGAGAAAUCUUCUGGAGCAGUUCCUUUUGGAACAAUGUUUGCUCUGGUGUUCUUGUGGUUUGGGAUAUCAGUGCCAUUGGUUUUCAUUGGCAGUUUUGUGGGUUUCAGAAAGCCAGCAAUUGAAGAUCCUGUCAAAACUAAAAAAAUCCCAAGGCAGAUUCCUUUGCAGACAUGGUAUACAAAACCAAUAUUCUGCAUUCUUAUUGGAGGCAUACUUCCAUUUGGAGCAGUGUUCAUUGAGCUAUUCUUCAUGUUGACAUCUAUAUGGCUAAACCAGUUCUAUUACAUGUUCGGUUUCAUCUUCCUAGUCUUUAUUAUACUAAUAAUCACUUGUGUUGAGAUAACAAUCGUGCUCUGCUACUUUCAGCUAUGCAAUGAAGAUUAUAACUGGUGGUGGAGAUCCUACUUGACUGCAGGUUCUUCUGCUCUCUACCUCUUCCUAUACUCGGUCUUCUAUUUCUUCACCAAGUUGGAAAUUACAAAGCUGGUUUCUGGCAUUCUUUACUUGGGGUACAUGUUAAUUGGAUCAUACACCUUCUUUGUCUUAACUGGGUCAACUGGUUUCUAUGGAUGCUUGUGGUUUGUGAGGAAGAUCUACUCUUCUGUGAAGAUUGACUAGCCCAUGGGCCAUAGACAUAAAACAAGCCUCUUCUAACAAACUUGGAAGCCGAUACUAGAACUAGUUGUAGACUAGAAAGAGAGGAAAAUGCUGUAUGAUUACAAAACGAAAAUACUGGGUUUUUUCACUUGUUAAGAGUAAACACUGUGUUAACUAUGGUUGAUCACGUACGUGAAGUGGGUGCCAACUUGCACAUUUUAGAUGUGACUCGCAAGCGUCACUCCUCAUCAGGACUCUGGUCUCCCAUCAAAUCAGUCGCCGCCAGAGCCAACGGCCGCCCUGUUCGAGUUUCUCCCCUGCGACUCAACCUGGAGUAUAAUGAUUCCAAAAACAUAAAUUUCUGCCUACCCAGGUAUCUCCAAUGACAAUAACAUCCUUCCAUGAAGCUUUUUCUCACCAAAAUUGACAAGCAUCUUGAUAAAGAAUACUGUUAUAAUGACAAAUCACAAUCAAAUUUGUUUGGUAGUGAUAUGUUGUAGUCAAAACAUUACUGUGUUUAUCGAAAUGACAACACUCUUAUCCUCUAAAAAUUCUCUUAUAAAGCCAACCAAAUCCAAAUAGCUUCUAGUAAUUGUAAUCAUGGUGACUAGAUGCCCAAGUAUCGCAUCUCAUUGCGUAUCCUUCUUCCCCAAAGCUUUUCUCUUUUUAGGCAGCUUCCUGCUCAUUUCUCAUUAAUCCUUCCACGAUCCAAAGUACUAUCCUCCCAUCCCAAGAUUGGAAUGCUUUGUACCAUACUUAUCCAACAGUCUCAGUCUUGAAUUUAUUUUAUAAAAAAAAAAAAUUUAAUACUUUUUAUAAAAAUAUUAAUAAAAUUAAGUCAUUUCAUGUGAUAAUUAUACUUCAGUGGCAACAGGAGAAAUAAGAAUACGAAAAGGAGGGCAAAAACGUAAAUGGGAUAUCGCAAGAUACCAAAAUCCAAAUCCGUGUAUCAAGGGUUGCUUUCUGCAUUCAGAAGCAGCCCCUACUCUUCUGUCCUUCUCUCUCCAUUAAAUUCCCGCCUUUUUCCUCAACAGCCACGUCACUUACCUAUGCACUUUCACAACCGUUCAGAUCAUAUCAAGUGGCUCCAAAACCGUCUGACGAGAAUCACAAUAUCUUCUUCUUAGGGACCCACCUAACUACCAAAAAUUAAAAAAUAAAAAUUCAGAGCCUUCUCGCCCACGCUGCCGCGUGCUCUUAGUCGUCACAGAGAAGAGACAAAGAGUAUUUAUAGACCCUAACAAACCAUACGGCUCUGCCAUUACUUUAAUGAGUACAUCAAAAGGAGAAUCACAAGCACAACCCACCAUGGAGACGGAGGAUUCCGGAAAGAGAGAAGAAGGGUCUCGAACUACGUCGCUUCCUGACACGUCCGGUGAUCUGGGUGAGGAAAUCGCAGCUUGGCUUUCAAUGGACGAUGAUACGGUGGAUGAGCUUAUGAAGUUUCUUGACACAGACCCUGAAGGAGCCUCAACAACUUGUAUUAGUGCUAAUACUACAAAGGUAAAGUUCAUUGAAAACCCGUACUCGUCGCCGUUGAUUUUUCAGUCUUCUUCUUCUUAUAUCACCAUCAACGGCAACGAGGAGAGUUGCGGGUCUUCAUUCUCUGACUGGGAGUCGUCAGUCAUGGCUAGUGUGGACAUUGGUGGGAUUGUGAAUGCUGGUAAAGCGGAUGGCAUUGAUGGGUUUUGCGAGUGGUUUCAAGGUGGGAAGGGAAGCGCGUGGGGGUUAAAUGUGGUGGAGGAGGAGGAGCGUGGGUUGGCUUUGGCAGAGGAGAGCGGCGGGGGUGACGGACGGGAGACGAUGAUAGUCUGGCCAUAACUCCAUCUCCAUUAAUUCUCCAUGUGAAGUUGUUAUUAAUAGAAAACAAUACAAAAUAUACGGAAAGAGAGUAGUAAGUAGAAGAAGCAGCUGCUGCCCUUUUGUCUCUUAUUGUGGAAUGCUAUUGCUGAGCCUAAAUAGAAAUGGCUUCCUCUGCAUCAGCUUUGUAAUCACUAAUCAGUAGUUACUGCUUUUAAUCCUUUUAUUCAAUUUCAUCUCACCAUUUGAUUCGUGGA